UAAAUAGUCCUAGCUCCCUUGCAUACCCAUCAAGUUAAACAUAAUUAAAAAAGAUUAAUUUGGUCCAUAAUGGCGAUGACACGGUUGCUUUGGCUUCUCUACACAUCAUUAGUGCUUUCUGCUCUUUCGCUAAAUUGCCACUGCAGUGAGAUCAAAAAGGUUCAUGUUGUGUACAUGGGAGAGCGGCCACAAGAAGAUGUUUCUGUUGCAUCCAUGCAUCAUGCAAUGCUGAAAAAUGCAAUGGGAAGUGCUUCAUCUGCAAAAGAGUCGCUUAUUUAUAGUUAUGGAAGGAGCUUUAAUGGAUUUGCAGCCAAGCUAACAAAUGAUGAAGUUGCAAAAGUUUCAGAAAUGGAAGGUGUAAUUUCAGUGAUUCCAAAUCACAAACUGAAGUUGCACACUACAAGGUCUUGGGACUUCAUGGGUUUCGGUACAGGCAAUGAUGGAAAUUUACAAGAAGGAGAUGUCAUCGUUGGAGUUAUAGACACCGGAAUCUGGCCUGAAUCUGAUAGCUUUAGUGACAAAGAUAUGAGCCCUCCACCAGCAAAAUGGAAAGGGGCAUGCCAAGGCGCCAAUUUCACCUGCAACAACAAGAUCAUCGGAGCUCGAUUCUACAAUAGCGAAAACUAUUAUGACAACACUGAGUUCAAAUCCCCAAGAGACUCCAUUGGACAUGGAACCCAUACUGCCUCGACUGCCGCAGGCCGGGAGGUGCCUGGAGCGAACUACUUGGGACUGGCCGAUGGAAUUGCAAGAGGCGGUGUCCCCAAUGCAAGGAUUGCCGUGUACAAAGUUUGUUGGGAUUCAGGGUGUGCUCUUGCAGAUAUACUUGCAGCAUUUGAUGAUGCAAUUGCAGAUGGAGUUGACAUUAUAUCAGUUUCCCUUGGAAGUGAUUGGCCAUACGACUACUUUGAAGACCCUAUUGCCAUCGGAUCUUUCCAUGCCAUGAAAUAUGGAAUAUUAACAUCAAACUCUGCGGGGAAUUCGGGGCCUUUUGCCGUCACUGUCUCUAACUUCGCGCCUUGGACACUAACAGUCGCUGCCAGCACCAUUGACAGGAAAUUUGUUUCCCAAGCUGUUCUUGGCAACGGACAAAUUUUCAGUGGUCUCUCUAUUAACAACUUUGACCUCAAUGGGACAUCAUAUCCAUUGAUUUGGGGAGGAGAUGCAGCAAACUACACCGUUGGCGCUGAUCCAGAAUCUUCAAGAUACUGCAUACCUGGUGCUAUGAGUUCAGACGAAGUGCAAGGAAAAAUUGUCUUCUGUGAGACACUUUGGGAUGGUUCUGGGAUUCUACUAGCUAAUGGAGUGGGAACUGUAAUGGCCUAUUCAUCUAUAACUGAUUUUGCCUUUAAUUACCCAUUACCAGCAACAGUUAUCAGCACAGAGGAUGGCCUCAAAGUUUUGGAUUACAUCAGAUCGACUGACAACCCCAUUGCAACAAUUCUAGUAGGCGAGACUCCGAAGGAUGUCAUGGCACCUGUUGUCGUCUCAUUUUCUUCAAGAGGGCCCAACCCAAUGAGUCCAGACAUUCUCAAGCCUGAUGUCACUGCCCCUGGAGUCGACAUCCUUGCUGCCUGGUCUCCAGUGUCCCCGCCGUCAGUCUAUUAUGCGGACACCAGGAGUGUCAAUUACAACAUAAUCUCUGGGACCUCCAUGUCUUGCCCUCACGCUAGUGGUGCUGCUGCCUAUGUCAAAGCUGCCCACCCUGACUGGUCUCCAGCCGCCAUUAAAUCUGCACUCAUGACAACAGCAUAUGUUAUGGACUCCAGGAAACAAGUAGAUCUUGAAUUUGCUUAUGGGUCUGGUCACAUUAACCCAUCUGCCGCAGUAAACCCUGGACUAGUCUUUGAUGCAUCUGAGGCAGAUUACAUUGACUUCCUUUGCAAAACGGGCUACAACACAACCACGCUAAGACUUGUCACCGGCGACAACAGUACUUGCACUAACACACUACUCGGAAGAGGGUGGGAUCUAAACUACCCGUCAUUCUCUCUGUAUGUUAAAGAUGGCGAGCAAAUCAUGGGCGUUUUCAACAGGACAGUGACCAAUGUGGGUGAACCAAAUUCAACUUACGUCUCUAGCGUGUACAUUCCCACAACUUUCAGUGUCACGGUAGAGCCAUCUGUGCUAUCAUUUUCCGCAGUUGGGGAAAAAAAAUCGUUCACAGUGAAGAUAACGGGACCAAAGAUUUCACAGCAACCAAUCAUGUCAGGUGCGAUUACGUGGAAAUAUGGAGUCCAUGUGGUGAGAACUCCACUUGUGGUUUAUAACUAUAUUCCUGGUGCUCCUUAUAACCUUGAUGAUGGUAGUACUUACUCCAUGAUUAACAACAAGAAGGCUACCUUCCGAGGUUCUUCCAUAUAUCACAAGAAUGGGAUCAUCGGCUACAACUAAUUUGAACUAGAUCGCACUCUUGAUUCUCAGAGGGAGCUUUUGAGGCAGUUAUUGACUGAAUAAAUUGUUAUGUUUUCGAGUUCUUUCAAAUUCAAGACCAAGCGAUAAAAAAUAAAAGAAAAGGGAAGCCUUGUUCUCUAGUUUGCAACCUCUCUUUUUCGGGUAUAAUAAAACUGAUGAGGACAAAUGUUAUUGCCUCUUAAGUAAUGGAAUUCAUUUGUUCUGUAUCUAUGUUUGUAUGUGUACUCUUUUGUGGGACGUAUGUUUUCCUACAUUAAUUGAAUAAAUGCACAAGAAAAAAAAAUUUAUUUUCA